AUGUCCACAUUCCAGAAUGCUGACAACGAAGAGUACCAUUGCGUAAAUUGUCCUCGACCGGACUCGGCGGAAGAUAUGGUCCAGUGUGAUUCCUGCGACGUGUGGUGGCAUUAUUCUUGUGCUAACGUCGAUGAAUCGGUCAAAGAUGUGGCGUGGGUGUGCCCUGGAUGCCGCACGCCUGACAUUGCGAAUUCGACAAGGAACAGCCAAGCCAGUCGAUCAGUUUCCGAGUUUGCUGAAAGUUUAUCCAAGUUAAGGGAGAAACAGGAGUUGGAACGGGCUCGUGUUGAUCUGGAGCUACGAAGAAAACACCUUGAAGAGGAACAGCAAUUACUAGAUAGUAGUUUGGCACUCGAGGAAUCACAGAGCAAUCGUACCAGGCGCAGCGGACUUCGAGCUGAACAACGUGUUAGGCAGUGGAUGAACGAUAUUCCUGCCUCUGCAAUGAAGGAGAAAAAUCCCAAAGAAAUCGCUCCGUCUACGGCGUUGACAGUACCACAACCAAUUCAGCUCAUGGCGAAAAGAUUUGACAUAGUACAACAAUCUUCCGACCCGGUGUACAAUGCGCCUCCAUCCACGUCAAAAGUACCUUCCUCGUCUAAUCCCCCUACUGUGAUGCCAUCCUAUCAGCCGGUGCAAACGCUAGCACCGUCAAUGGCCCGUGGGGCGCUGUCACUAUCAACAAAUGCUCAACAAAUCCCAUCUACGACUCGAAGCAGGGAUUUCACAUCUUUACAAUCGAAAACAGUUUCGGAACUAGCGAGAAUUUUGGAACGCCUGCAGGGAAUUCCGGACCGACCGACCGAACAACUCAAACAGCUGCAAGAGCAAGUGAACUCCCUUCAUCUAAGUCUUAGAGAAAUGUGUAACUUCAGUAAGGAAUUUGAUCCUCGGGGUACUGAAACAACUCCGAACCAACAGCUGCGUUCUACGUUAGAGCCCAUAAAAAACAACGUUCCGAGACAUGUCACCACGACCAAUGAAAAUAACCCACGGAACCAGGUGCCCACCAAUAGUGGCGGCCUGGUAGAAAGAAAUGAGAUCAAUCUAAUUCCCCCUUUUGAUGAAUCUAAUGCACCUCAAACUCAAUAUUAUGAGGAGGUUGCAGGUUGCCAGUCGCGAACAGAACUGCCGCUUGAAAUACCUAUUUCGUCUCAGCUUCCGAGUCAUUCAAAAUUCGUAUCACAUCAAGCGUCAGUACCAAUGAGCAGUCUUCCUACUCAGCAGCAGUUAACAGCACGACAGUCUCUGGCUCGCGAUUUACCUACAUUCACCGGGGACCCAGCCGAAUGGCCCAUCUUCAUCUCUCACUAUAAGUACACCACCGAGGCCUGCGGUUUUACGGAUGGCGAAAAUAUGCUUCGUCUACAGAGAUGCCUGAAAGGUCCGGCCCUCAAUGCAGUACGUAGCCGGUUGCUGCUGCCAUCAGGAGUAUCUCACGUCAUAGAAGCUCUACAUACACGCUACGGUAGACCAGAACUGCUUAUCAAUGCCCUUCUUCAUAAGGUUCGAACCAUACCGGCUCCGAAAUCGGACAAAUUAGAAGGCCUCAUCGAGUUCGGGACUGCCGUACAGGAACUAUGUUACCACAUAGAAGCAGCCGACGCAACGGAUCAUUUAUCUAACCUCUCGCUUCUCCAGGAGCUCGUUGCCAAGCUUCCAACGGAGCAGAAGAUGCUGUGGGCUAGGUACAAACGCGACUAUUCGGCAGUCAACCUAAAAACAUUCGGUGACUACAUGUCAGCAGUGGCGACUGAUGCGUCAAGUGUCGUUACAUAUGAACCCGACUAUCGAAGAACCGUCUCUCGAGAUAACGCAAAGCAGAAAGGGUUCUUGAAUUCACAUGCGGAAGGAACCAUGGAUCCGGAAAACUUCGACGCUGAUCAGAAUCGCCCAAAAACCAUUGAAAACACUUGCGUGAUCUGUAAUAAAUCUGGACAUCGUGUACGCGAGUGCGAUCAAUUCAAAUCACUUACGGUUGACGGAAGAUGGCAGAAAGUGCGCGCUCUAGGCAUAUGCCAAAAUUGCCGGAGACCCUGUUGGGGAAAAAAGCGAUGCGAGGUAGACGGCUGUGACCAUCGUCACCACCCUCUGCUGCAUUCUCCUAAGGAAUCGAAAAUGGAAGCCCCAUCGCACAUCUUAACACAUCAACUACUAGAAUCACCAACACUUUUCCGAAUAGUGCCCGUGACGCUGUAUGGAGCAAAAGGAAGCAUAGACGUGUUUGCCUUCUGCGACGAAGGCUCAGACUUAACUUUAAUGGAAGGCGAUCUGGUCGAAAAGUUGGGCAUCAUAGGAACCACAAAACCUUUAUGCCUACGUUGGACAGCCGAAACAUCACGAAUCGAACAUGAGUCCCAAAUGGUUUCGUUUGAAAUUUCCGGUAUAGAUCAUAAACGAAAGCAAUCGAUGUGUGCUAGAACCGUGAAGCACCUGGGGCUUCCCACACAAAGCUUUCUAGUGGAAGAAGCAAUAAAACAUCACCCGCAUCUAAAAGGGAUACCUCUAAGGAGUUAUCAAAAUGCCAAGCCUAGUAUCCUCAUAGGCAUAGACAACCUUCAUCUCUCUCUGCCUCUGAAAACUAAAGAGGGGAAAACUGCCGGACCAGUCGCCGUAAAGACACGACUCGGCUGGUGUGUGUACGGCCAACGAUGCGAUCAAAGUAACGUAACACACAAUCUUCACGUAUGCGAAUGCUCAUGCGACGAGGAUCUGCACGAGUCAGUAAAGAGGUUCUUCGUAGUUGAAAGCGCAAACCCGCAAUCCGAGAUACCUGCAUCAAAAGAAGAUCAGCGAGCCUUAAUGCUUCUAGAAACGUUUACCAGACGUGUCGGGAACCGCUUCGAGUCACCCCUUCUGUGGAAAUCGGAUUUCGUCGAGUUUCCGGACAGCUACCCGAUGGCAGUGAGGAGAUUGGAAUGCCUGGAACGCCGGAUGAAACGAGACCCAGAAUUGAAAGAAAGCCUACAUCGACAAAUAGGUGAAUACGUAAAAAAGGGGUACGCACAUGUGGCUUCCCAGACAGAAUUGGAAUCCGCGGACCCACGAAGAAUUUGGUAUCUUCCGCUAGGCGCCGUCAAAAAUCCUAAAAAACCUGGUAAGAUUCGUGUGAUAUGGGACGCGGCAGCCAAAGUUGACGGGGUGUCACUGAACAGUAAGCUACUGAAAGGGCCGGACCAGUUAGCCACAUUACCAGCUGUGCUGUUUGGAUUCCGCCAGUACCGGGUGGCCAUAACGACCGAUGUGAAGGAAAUGUUCCAUCAAGUCCUGAUCCGCCAAGAAGACAAACAUUCUCAACGUUUCCUUUGGCGUUCGCAACCGUCGGAGAAACCUGAUAUAUAUUUAAUGGAUGUCGCCACAUUUGGUAGAACCUGCUCCCCAGCCACCGCACAAUUCAUCAAAAAUCGUAACGCAGAACUACAUGCUGAAUUAUUUCCUCUGGCAUCUCAGGCAAUUACCAAUGACACCUAUGUUGACGACUAUUUAUCAAGCUUUGGAACCGAAGCAGACGCGGUUCGAGUAGCCCGUGAAAUGCGCGAAAUUCAAAACAGCGCUGGUUUCCAUCUUCACAACUGGCGCUCCAAUUAUUCACAAGUACUCGAUCAGCUUGGUGAAAACUCACUAGUCAACGAAAAGCAUCUAGAUCUCACAGAAGGUUCUAAAAUUGAAAGGGUUUUGGGGAUGCUGUGGAAUCCCUCGGAAGACGAACUCGGCUUCUCCACCCAAAUGAGCAAAGAGGUAACUACCAUGCUAGAAAAUGAAACACGACCAACUAAACGCCAGAUCCUCCGAUGCGUUAUGACACUUUUUGAUCCACUAGGCAUCUUGGCCCCAUUUAUAAUACACGGCAAGGUUUUAAUUCAAGAUUUGUGGAGAGCUGGAACCGACUGGGAUAAUCAAGCUAGCGACGAAAUCUACGAAAAAUGGACUAAAUGGAUUAAAAUGAUCGAAUUUAUAUCCACUGUGCGAGUACCUAGAUGCUACUUCCCAGAAGCCACCGAAGAAACUUAUCAUGAUUGCGAGUUUCAUGUUUUCGUCGACGCCAGUGAAACAGCGUACGCAUGUGCCGUUUACCUCCGAACUAAAAGCAAACUAAAUUCAGCACAAUGUUGCUUAGUCACUGCGAAGUCAAAAGUCGCCCCACUUAAACCGUGGUCCAUCCCACGAGUUGCCGAGAUUCUUGAUUUCUCCACCAGCAAUGAUUGGCGUUGGGGCCCUCCAAAUCCAACCCCGCAGACGAAGCCACGAAAUGGGGAAGUGGGCCAUACUUCAGUAGAAAUAGUUUGUGGUUCAGCGGGCCAGUCUUUCUACAGCUUCCUGAACAGGAGUGGCCACGCCUUACCGAAGACAUACCUCCAACAACGCAAGAGAUACGGUCAACUCUACUUAAUCACCACAGUGUCGAGAACAGUGGCUUACGUCCUACGGUACCUGGCGAAACUGAAAAACCAAAGCAAAAUAGUAGGCCAUCCUCAGCAGCCGGAGCUAAGAGCAGCAGAAGAAACCAUCUGGAAAUUAGUACAAAGAGAAGUUUAUGGCGACGAAAUCUAUCGUUUAGAACAUGGCCCAAAGGACGACGGACAUCCACCUACGGUAGGCAAGCAUAGUGCAAUCUACAAGCUUGCACCAUUCUUGGACGAGCGUGGCGUGCUAAGACAGUGUAGCAGGAUACGAGCGGUGACUAAUAUCCAUCACGAUACGCGUUAUCCUAUCAUCUUACCUAGCAAACAUUAUGUAACAAAGCUUCUAAUAGAACACUACCAUCGAAUCUAUCAACACAGAAAUUUCGAAACGAUAGUGAACGAAAUGCGCCAAAUUUUCGAAAUCCCCAGAUUGCGAGUAGCGGUUAAAAAGAUAAGCCACAACUGUGCACUGUGCAAACUAAAACGCGCACGCCCGGUUAUUCCACCCAUGGCACCUCUUCCAGCUGCCCGUCUGGCUCAUCACAAAAGAGCAUUCACGUACACUGGCGUUGACUAUUUCGGACCGCUGCUGGUCAGAGUAGGAAGGUCAGCCGUCAAGCGAUGGGUGGCCCUUUUUACAUGCCUAACUACGCGCGCCGUGCACUUGGAGAUCGCGUACACGUUGACGACUGCAUCAUGUAUUUCCACCAUCCGUCGGUUCGUUGGUCGCCGAGGUUCGCCUCGUGAGUUUUUUAGCGACAGUGGAACCAAUUUCCAAUGUGCCGAACGAGUUCUAAGAACGCAGAUAAGCCAGGGACUGUCGGAAACAUUUACGUCAAGUUCUACAAGUUGGACCUUCAUCCCACCCGGAGCACCCCACAUGGGUGGGGCCUGGGAACGACUUGUUCAAUCUGUGAAAGCUGCUAUGAAUGAUUCCUGUGAUACCCUGCUCUACUACAUCAAAAUGAUGGAUACACCGUGA